AUGUCUGAUUAUGAAGAUGACAUGGAAAUUGACGUUGCCCCCAACGCGAGUGAUUCAAUGAUAUUUGGCUCCGAUGCUACGACUUCAAAGGGCAAACGGAGCGCAGCAAAUUUACCUGUGGAAGCAGAAGAUAGUCUUCCAUGGGUCGAAAAAUACCGUCCAGAUACUCUAGAAGAUGUCUCCGGCCAUCAAGACAUUCUUGCUACUAUAAACAAAUUCGUCGACACAAACAGACUUCCCCAUCUCCUCUUCUACGGCCCCCCCGGAACCGGUAAAACCUCCACCAUCCUCGCCCUCGCCCGUCGCAUCUACGGAUCCAAAAACAUGCGCCAAAUGGUCCUCGAACUCAACGCCUCAGACGAUCGUGGAAUCGAGGUCGUGCGCGAACAAAUCAAGACAUUCGCCUCGACCAAACAAAUCUUCGCCUCGAAAUCUUCCUCCACAUCACCCGGCGCAUACAAAUUGAUUAUUCUCGACGAAGCAGAUGCGAUGACUUCCACGGCACAGAUGGCGCUGAGACGAGUGAUGGAGAAAUAUACUGCCAAUACACGAUUUUGUGUGAUUGCGAAUUACACGCAUAAAUUGAGUCCGGCACUAUUAAGUAGAUGUACGAGAUUUCGAUUUAGUCCGUUGAAAGAGGCAGAUAUUCGAGUACUGGUUGACAAGGUGAUUGCGGAGGAGAACGUGCAAAUUAAUGCUGAGGCUACGGACGCACUGGUUAGACUGAGUAAGGGAGAUAUGAGACGGGCUUUGAAUGUUUUGCAAGCUUGUCAUGCUAGUAGCACUCCAAUCCAUAUCCAAGGCACACCCAAGAUCGAAGAAAAAGAUAUCGUUCGGGACCUCAUCACCGAAACUACUAUAUACGAUUGUAUCGCCUCUCCCCAUCCAGCCGACAUAUCCAAAAUCAUGAACACGAUUCUCAAAACCACCGAUGUUAAAUCCUGUUUACAAAUGAUCAAUGCGGUAAAAUCCACACAAGGACUCGCAUUAGCAGACAUCAUCACUGCACUCUCAGAAGAACUUACAAAACUGGAUGUCCCAGCAAGCGUCAUGAUAACUUGGCUGCAAGGAUUAGCGGAGGUCGAAUAUAGAUUGAGUGGCGGAGGAAGCGAAGUCAUACAGACGGGAGCAUUGGUCGGUGUGGUAAGGGAGGGCGCGGAACUUAUGAAAUAAUUAAUGAAUAUCAUUUGUAAUAUGAUUUUAUUGCAUCAUGGCUAUGGAGUUUGAUGAUUUAGGUGGAAUUCUGGGGGGUGAAUAAGGUGUCUAAAAUAAACUAACCUGGUGAACCUAAGGUUAACAAUAAUCAA